AGGUGGUGAUGCAGACGACAAUAAUGGCCGCCAAUAAGUAAGUGAAUGAGGUAUCAGAGAUGAUGAUGCUGCUGAUGGGAAAUCUCACGGACGGUGAUGAUGCCGACGAUUAUGAUGAGGAUGUUGUUGAUGAUGGUGAUGAUGAUGAUGAUGAUGAAGAGGCGCGUGGCGUGGACGAAUCUGGAUUUUCGUCUUGGUAAGGUUGUCGUGGGUAGUCUUGGGGUGUGCGCCCAGAGCAGGCGAGCAGAGCAGGCAGAAGGAGCCCGUACGGCGCACGGAGGUACCAAGUUACUCGUACGAGGACUGGCUCACUGGGGGGGUUCUGUUACUGGUACUCUUUCCGCAACCUGGCAGGGUGUCUGUGGAUCGAAUCUGCAUCGGUGGGCAAGGUCGAGCGACAGGAAUUAAGGUUGAAGCCGCAGCAAGAUGUGCCCCAGGUUUUGGGGAAGAGAAUCGAGUGCUCUGCUAGAGCCUAGAGGAGUCUUGUGUCCGCUGUUCACGCGGACCACUGACAGAAGGACAGAGUCUGUGGGAUGAUGGAGGAUUGGGCGAGAGGAUAGAGCCUCGCAGCAUAUGUGCAGCAUAAGCUGGGUGAUGCAAGAGGGCACAGAGGCACGAGAGGGCAAUGUGGAUGGGCGAUCGCCGGGAGCGAUGGGGAUUCUCGCCUGCACGGACGAACCGAAGCCCAAAAUGCACACAGGUUCAGGUCUGUAGGUCUAUGAUCUUCAAUCGUGAUUUCUAUUUGAACAA